GGGGACUAAUUUGGUAUCAUCAAAAUUUGUGUGGAAAAUAACACAGCUCGCGGUGGACACUAAACCAAUCAAAUUAAGGCAUAAGCACAUCACAUUUGACAUACCCUUCCUUCCUUCCUUCAUCGGUUCAGUUCCGUGUUCCAAUUUAAGACAGUAACACACUCAUCUCAAACAUUUCAUUUUCAGCUUAUUCAAAUUUCAAUUCAGAUGAGUUUGAUUAUGAGCUACUGCAGCAGUAACGCUCUUCGCCUUCAAUCUUGCACAAUCACAAAUUGCAAUCUUCACCAUCAUGGCAGGCAUAUUGUUCCCACCAAUGCGCACAAAAAACCUGCUGAAAAUGAAAUUUCUCUUCAGUCAAAGUUGAAGAUUAAUGGCAACAGUAUUAUGACAUUCAUUGGUGGAAUCACAGUGGCACAAUUGUUUGCUCCGGCCACUGCAAAAGCUGAAAUGGCUGCUUCUGUUUUUACUUUGGCUGAUGGAGGUCUCGGUGACUGGUUUGGAGGCAUUCUAUUUUCAGCGGGACAACAGGCCAAUGAAGCAGUUCUGGACCAACUAUCGUCCCUAAGCUUCACUAGUUUGGCUGUAAUUUAUGGGGCAGGACUUGUAACCAGCCUUUCUCCCUGUACACUUAGUGUGUUACCGCUGACUCUCGGUUAUAUUGGGGCAUUUGGCUCUGGUAAAAGCAAAGGACAGGUUAUUGGAGAUUCCAUUGCAUUUUCCUUGGGUCUCGCAACCACGUUAGCACUUCUGGGUGUGGGAGCAUCAUUUGCAGGAAAGGCUUAUGGACAGAUUGGCCAAGGAUUACCUUUGGCUGCUUCUGGUUUGGCUGUAAUUAUGGGUCUGAACCUUCUUGAGAUAAUUGAGUUACAGCUCCCCUCGUUCUUCGAAAGUUUUGAUCCACGUUCAGUGGCUGCCAAUUUUCCAUCAAGUGUGCAAGCAUACCUUGCUGGGCUUACAUUUGCAUUAGCUGCCUCACCCUGCAGUACACCUGUUCUUGCUACUCUUCUGGGAUAUGUCGCUGCAUCUAAGAAUCCAGUGAUCGGAGGCAGCUUGCUUUUGACAUACACAACGGGUUACAUUUCUCCCUUACUUUUGGCUGCAUCUUUUGCUGGAGCAUUACAGAGCUUGCUUUCAUUUCGCAAGUACUCAGCAUGGAUCAACCCUAUAAGCGGAGCAAUGCUGUUAGGAGGCGGUGUAUAUACCUUCUUAGAUAGGCUCUUCCCAGCCACAACAAUGGCAAUGUAGAAAAUCAUGUAGCUCUUUAACAUGUAGUGAUGAUAUUUUACUUGAAAGUUGAAACUGUUGUGUGUAUAUAUCAUACGACUAACUACUCUUAAAAGAUAAAUUCAAAUAAGAGGGAAUCGUUCAUCUUGUUGACCCUCAGAUUCAAAA